CUCUCUCUCUUUCUGGCCCAUCCCUACUAUGCCGCCGAUGCCAGCCCCGGGCUCUCAUCCUUACCAGCUGCAGAAUCCGAUGAUGUCCGCGGGGACCCUGCACUCAACCAUCAAAGCGCUCCUGCCCCUCAGGAUGCUCGUAAUUCAGUCGUAGAUGCAGGUGGCGUUGAGAGCAUCACCCAGUGUUCCCAGCAGCUUCCUCAGAUGAUGGCUGCAGCAGCCGAUGGUUUGGGGAGCAUUGCAAUAGACGCGACCCAGCUGAACAUGUCGGUGACGGACCCCACCGCCUGGGCCACCGCCAUGAAUAACUUGGGCAUGGUUCCCGUGGGGUUGCCCGGACAGCAGCUCGUGUCAGACUCGAUCUGUGUACCAGGCUUCGAUCCAGGCCUCAACAUGAUGACUGGGAUCACCCCUAUUAAUCCGAUGAUACCAGGCCUGGGGCUGGUACCACCCCCACCGCCAACAGAAGUGGCUGUCGUCAAAGAAAUAAUCCACUGCAAAAGUUGUACUCUUUUCCCUCAAAAUCCAAAUCUUCCACCCCCCUCCACAAGAGAACGACCUCCCGGGUGUAAGACUGUCUUUGUCGGAGGAUUACCAGAAAAUGCCACCGAGGAGAUCAUCCAAGAAGUCUUUGAGCAGUGCGGUGACAUCACAGCGAUUCGGAAAAGCAAGAAGAAUUUCUGUCACAUCCGCUUCGCCGAGGAGUUCAUGGUUGAUAAAGCCAUUUACCUUUCUGGCUACCGGAUGCGCUUAGGGUCCAGCACGGACAAGAAGGACUCGGGCCGCCUGCACGUGGACUUCGCCCAGGCGCGGGACGACUUCUACGAGUGGGAGUGCAAGCAGCGGAUGCGCGCCCGCGAGGAGCGGCACCGGCGCAAGCUGGAGGAGGACCGCCUGCGGCCGCCCUCGCCACCACCCAUCAUGCACUACUCGGAGCACGAGGCCGCCCUGCUGGCCGAGAAGCUCAAAGGUAGGAGCCUGCCGCCGGCUUCCUUUGCGUCCGCGCCGACCAGUGCCCUCCCCAGGCGCCGAGGGCCUGGGCGUCUCUCCUGGCCUUUUGCAUCCUGA